AUGGACAUGCUCUACAGGAUCGAGGACGUGCCCCCCUGGUACCUCUGCAUCCUGCUGGGCUUCCAGCAUUACCUGACCUGCUUCAGCGGCACCAUCGCCGUCCCCUUCCUGCUGGCCGAGAGCCUGUGCGUGAGCAAGGACCAGCUCACUGUCAGCUACCUCAUCGGCACCAUCUUCACCUGCGUCGGCAUCACCACCCUCAUCCAGACCACUGUGGGCAUCAGGCUGCCCCUCUUCCAGGCGAGUGCGUUGGCCUUCCUCGUCCCCGCCAAGUCCAUCCUGGCCCUGGAGAAGUGGCAAUGCCCCCCUGAAGAGCAGAUCUACGGCAACUGGGCGCUGCCGCUCAACACCUCCCACAUCUGGCAGCCCCGCAUGCGAGAGAUCCAGGGCGCCAUCGUGGUGUCCAGCCUGGUGGAGGUGGCCAUUGGGCUGCUGGGGCUCCCCGGGGCGCUGCUCAGCUACAUCGGGCCGCUGACCGUCACGCCCACCAUCUCCCUCAUCGGGCUCUCCGUCUUCCAGGCAGCUGGCGAGCGGGCCGGCUCCCACUGGGGCAUCGCUGCACUGACCAUCGUCCUGAUCAUCCUGUUUGCCCAGUACCUGCGGCAUGUCACCAUCUGCCUGCCCGGUUACCGGCAGGGCAGCGGCUUUGUCCUGCUCCGCGUCCAGAUCUUCAAGAUGUUCCCGAUCAUCCUGGCCAUCAUGGUGGUGUGGCUGCUCUGCUACGUGCUGACGCUCACCGGCGUCUUCCCCAGCCAGCCUGAGGCGUACGGCUACAAGGCCAGGACAGACGCCCGGGGGGAGAUCCUGUCCGUGGCACCUUGGUUUCGGGUCCCCUAUCCCUGCCAGUGGGGUCUGCCCACAGUGACCUCGGCAGCCGUGCUGGGCAUGUUCAGCGCCACGCUGGCGGGCAUUGUCGAGUCUAUCGGGGACUACUACUCUUGUGCCCGACUGGCGGGAGCCCCCGCUCCCCCCGUGCACGCCAUUAACAGGGGCAUUUUCACCGAGGGCAUCUCCUGCAUCAUCGCAGGGCUGCUGGGAACCGGCAAUGGCUCCACCUCCUCCAGUCCCAACAUCGGCGUCCUGGGCAUCACAAAGGUGGGGAGCAGGAGGGUGAUACAGUAUGGGGCCGGCAUCAUGCUCGUGUUGGGGACCAUCGGCAAGUUCACAGCGCUGUUUGCCUCCCUGCCCGACCCCAUCCUCGGCGGGAUGUUCUGCACCUUAUUCGGCAUGAUCACGGCCGUCGGCCUCUCCAACCUGCAGUUCGUCGACAUGAACUCCUCCCGCAACCUCUUUGUGCUGGGCUUCGCCAUGUUUUUCGGGCUGACGCUGCCAAACUACCUGGAUUCCCACCCCAAGGCCAUUAACACAGGUGUCCCCGAGCUGGACCAGAUACUGACGGUGCUGCUAACGACGGAGAUGUUCGUCGGGGGGACCAUCGCCUUCAUCCUGGACAACACCAUCCCGGGGACGCAGGAGGAGCGAGGGCUGGUGCAGUGGAAGGCGGGAGCGCACUCGGACAGCGCGGCGAGAGCCAGCCUGAGGAGCUACGACUUCCCCUUCGGGAUGAGCGUGGUGAGGAGGAGCCGCUGGCUGAAGCACGUGCCCAUCUGCCCGGUGUUCACGGGGUUCAGGGCCCGGGCAAGGGACAGCGACGCAACGGCGGCAGCUGCAGAUGUGCAAGACAACACAGACGGGCUCUCUGUGUGCACAAAGGUCUGA